AUGUCGAAACGCUCAACCUUCACCACUAUCACCCCCCUUCCAGCCGGUAUCACCCGCGAGGCCGUCCUCAGCUUCCUCCACAACCAUCUCGAGAUGAUCGACCUGAACCCCCUCAUCAAGGAGCGCCACAUCAUACCCGCCCCCGCACACGCGCCACCCGAGGAGCACGCCUGCGUCUGGUACUCUCUCACGGAUGAGAUAUCUUAUCUACCCGGCGGCAUGGUCACCGGCGACGUCAGCUACACAUGCUGCUUCCACGACCUGCCCACCGGCCUGCAGACCCACUGCUAUGCCCCGCUGGGCCUCGAGAUCCGCGACAAGUGGACCGUCGCCGGUUGCCUUCCCGGCGAGCCCGUCGAGCCCGUCGAGCUCGGCCUUGGCGCCCCGCAGACCGGCCUAUACAUCCGCGAGGACGUCGACAUGCGCUGCAACGUCUUCACCAGCUCCUUCGUCAAGAAGACGCUCAAGAAGAGCCACGCUCAGCUGGUCGACCGUAUCACGUCCAAGGUCCGCCAGGCGUCCGCCGCGGCGCACCACCCGCAUAGCAGCCAGUAUCCCCCCUCUCUCCCCGGUUCUGCAAACAGCGCAUCAGAUACGUCGCCCCGCCAGUCCUAUACCGACUCCUUGGCCAGCCAAAAGACCUCCCUGCCCUACAGGCCCUCGCAUUCCCACUCUACGCCCGCGCCGGCUGUCGACGACGACACGAGCGCCGCCUACCCUGAACCCUUGCGGAUCCGCCACGCCUCCGCAAACUCGAUCUCAUCUCGAGGGCCCCCACGGCCAGAUUCCAGAUCGCAGAGUGGUGGUAGCAACAACGGCAACAGCGGCGGGACUCUGCAGGGGCCGUUUGUCGCCGAGCUGGAUUGA